CAGCAGCUGCCACUCCUGCAUCACGACGCUGUUCUUGCCGUGCGCUUUUCUCCACUUUCUGUCAGCUGAACUCUGAUCGGCGAUAGAGAUCCAUCAAUCCGGCAAGGCAAUGGAUACCCCCAAUCAAGGUUGCCGGCUGCUCGGCGCCCGGAGAUCGCUGCACGGCCUCCUCGGCGGCGGUGCUGUGGCGGAUGUGCUGCUGUGGAGGAGGAAGGAGGUGGCCGGCUGGUCGCUGGCGGCGGCGGCGGCGUCUUGGGUCCUCUUCUACUGCUUGCCAGGCUACACGCUGCUCUCCUUCGUGUCCACCGUGCUUAUGAUCGUGCUCGCCGUCCUCUUCGUCUGGGCCAAGGCCGCGCGGCUGCUCAACAGGCCACCUCCACCUGUUCCACUGAUCAAUAUAUCUGAAGAAUCGAUGAGCAAAGCAGCUGCUGCAGUGGGUGACAUCCUAAAUAAGGCACUGCAGGGUUUUGAAAAUAUAGCACAGGGAAAGGACUCCGGCCUCUUCUACAAGAUGGCUUCAGUAUUAUUGGUGAUCUCCAUAGUUGGCCGCGUGGCUGAUCUCAUUACUUUGGUAUAUGCAUGCCUAUUUCUUGCUCUCACCAUCCCUGCAUUGGUGGACAAAUACGAAGAAAACAUUACCAAGUUCGUAAAGCAAGCGUCAACAAAUAUUCAGGCAUGUGCACAAGCAUGGAAAGCAUAUAAAUCUGGGAUUAAGAGUUGAUCUUGGAAAAUAAGAAACUGUUUUGAUCUUGUACAGUUGUCAACAAAAUUUUGACUUGUGCACUUGUCUUCCAGAGCUAAAUAUUUUUCACACCCCUCCUAAUCGCUUCAGUUUUAGCACCGCAAUGCUCUGCCCUUCUGUUGCGUUUUCAGUUAUCUAUACGUUUUUAUGCUAUGUUCAAGAAAACCAUAAUUCUUCAGCCCA